AUGAAGUCCUGGACUGCGACAUCCUGGGGAACCGCCCGCGAGUCCCUGACCCUCAACACAUCCACCCCAGCCCCCUCCCUCCCGCACAACUCGACAUCCCUUCUCGUCCGGAUCACACACGUUUCCCUCAACCCAGCAGAUUUGGUCUUGUUGAAGUCACUGCCUCCAUGGCUCCCUUUUCGGCGCGCGCCUGUGCCGGGGAUGGAUUUCGCCGGCGAGGUUGUCGCGGUCGGUGAUGCCGUCCCUGCAGAGACGGGGUUGAAAGCGGGUGAUGAAGUGUGUGGUGCGAUGGGGUUGUGGGAGGUUGCGAAGGGAUGUGGGACGCUGGCUGAGUUUGUUGCGGUGGAGAGUUCGCUGGUCGUAAAGGUGCCUGGGAAUUGGGGCGGUAGGGAUGCGGUUGGCGUGAUGGGGAUUGCCGGGCAGACUGCUGUUGCUAUGGCGCGAAGUGUCAUGGCUGGAGGUGGGAUGCAGGGCAAGAGGGUGCUGGUUAAUGGGGCGACUGGUGGGGUUGGGUCCGUGCUGGUGCAGAUCUGCAGAGGGCUUGGGGCCGAGGUGGUGGCUGUCUGUUCGGGAGCCAAUGCCGGGUUAGUGAAGGGGUUGGGAGCGGGCGAGGUCAUCGAUUACCAGGCGCACGAUCCGUUGGAGGAGUAUUUGGCCGAGGUGUUAGGAGAUCGGCCUCUUGAUGCGAUACUGGACUGCGUCGGCAGGCAGCCGCUGUACGCACACUCUCCGAGAUACCUCAAACCAGACGGCAAGUUCAUCAACAUCGUGGGGGGCUGGUCACAGGGUGUGAUACCCUUUGUCCGGAACAAACUGCGGCCGUGCUUUCUGGGCGGAACACCUCGGAGCUACGAGCUGUUUCUCCUCAGCGCAUCGGGGAAGACGGCUAGGGAGGCUGCCGCGUGGGUCGAGCAAGGGAUCAUCAAGCAGGCAGUCAUUGAUUCUGAGUUACCUAUGGAGCAGGUAGUCGAGGCAUGCGAGAAACUUGCAACCGGCCGGGCCAAAGGGAAGAUUGUUGUCAAGGUCGAAAAGUAG